ACCAGUUUGAACUCGCCCGCCGACCGUACCUGACCCGUGUGACGGUAGUCCGUCGACAAUUUCGUAAAACUUGACCGAACGUGGACAGUUGGAUGUGAACUGAAUUGUUUCUGCCAUUACGAAUUUUUGUCUGGUCUGCAGUUUGAUUCGAGCGUUGGAACAUUUUCACGGACAGGAGGCGGGAACGGACAAGCAUUUUGCCCUAGCAACUAAGCUAACUAAUAUAUUUCCAGCCCUUCGCCUGCUUCUCUGCUAAGGUUUUAUUUCAAAAUCUGAAGAAUUUCAUCGGAUCACGAGCUAAGACCUUCUGGGGGACUUUCAAUGCGUCCCUUGACAAAUUUGUGCCUGUCCUGCUGAAACUGUACAGGUCUAAGAAGGGAACUCUUGGUGAGAAGAUGGAUAAACAGACAUCCCGACAUUGUGUCCCACCGAAAGACAGCAGCACUGAGAGGCCUGCCCGUUUUCCUCUGAGAAGAUGCAACAAAGGUUUUCCUGACGUGCUUUGACACUGAUAUUUUGGAACCAGUGCUGAACGGUGCAUCUCUUGCCAUCCUCACCAUCUGACAAGAUGACAAUGCCGAUACAUCUGUGCAAGACCAGGCAGUUGUGUUUGAAGGGGACACGGUUCUACACAACAUACGAGACCUCUCUACGGCCUUGGCAUACAUCUUUGGACUUCUGUAUGCCCUCCACAUUGAUUAUCCAAAGCAGAUGAGUUGCAGCCAGAAGACUUGAAGUGUCCAACCCAGUUCCCUGGAGGAUCAGCCCAAUAAGUUGCCAGCUGCAAUGCAAUAUAUGGUGAUUUUUGAGUCAUCAGCAGUCACCACCAAAGGAUUUUUGAAAGCACCGCAUGUAUCAACUGCAGUAGACACUGUGUGAAUAUUUAAAUACCAUCUAGCUAGAUCUACAAGUGAGAGUGGCUCCUAUUUUGUAUCCAAGUAAGUAAUUUACAAGCUCAAAUGAAACAUCUAACCGAGCGAGAAAUUGGAAUUCAACGGUGGAUCAUUGGCCAAGUGUCCCAUCAAUGACAUGGAGGAGAGGAGGACUGAUUAUUGGUUGCAAUUCUCAGGUCGAAUGUUUUUUGUUUUGGACACAUGUUUCACUUUUCCUGCCAUGAUAGAAGUUCUGAUCUGAAAUAUGGAAAAGAGACACUGCAGUCAUUCUAUAUGUUCCUCCUUUCUGCAAUCAUGGAGAUAUGUGCCAUCUGAUUCCACUACAUAAGUUUGAAUCAUUGGUUGAGUUGCUAGCUGAGAUGUCCACCAUUGGCCGUCUGAGUGCCACCGAACGCCUCAAACAUGCCCAGAGGCGGCGUGCUCAACAACUGAAGGCGUGGGCCCAGAUGGAGAAGGAUGCAGCACGAGGCUCGAAGGCCAAAGCAGAUAAGAAGAAGAAGCGUACAAGAAAAGUAACCUUCCCCAGUGCCACUACCCUUCUCGAUGCAGCUGCACGCAAUGACCUGGAUGAGGUGAGGGAGCUGCUCAACAGUGGCGUUAGCCCUGAUCUGGUCAAUGAAGAUGGACUGACGGCCCUCCAUCAGUGCUGCAUUGAUGACUUUGUGGGCGUGGUGCAAUGCCUGUUGGACGCCGGUGCUUGUAUCAAUGCCUGUGACAGUGAGCUGUGGACACCGCUGCAUGCUGCUGCCACCUGUGGGCACACUGGGCUGGUGCAACUCCUUAUUCAGUCUGGAGCGGACCUGACGGCCGUCAAUGCAGAUGGAAACAUGCCCUAUGACCUCUGUGAGGAUGAGGCCACACUCGAGCUUCUGGAGAUGAUCAUGACUGAACAGGGGAUAACACAGGUGCGUAUAGAUGAAUGCAGAGGAGCUAAAGAGGCGGCCAUGCUUGCUGACAUCCGAGCUCUAGUUCAGAAUGGAGCUGACUUAAACAGUCAGGAUGAUAAUGGGACAACACUGCUACAUAUAGCAUCUGCCAAUGGAUACCUGUCUGUGGCCGAGCUGCUGCUGGAACACAAGGCUCAGGUGGAGGUAAAGGACUGUGAUGGGUGGACGCCGUUGCAUGCUGCCUCCUGCUGGGGACAAAUCCAAAUGGUGGAGCUGCUGGUGGGCCAUGAAGCCAGCUUAGAUGCAAAGUCUAUCCUGGAAGAGACUCCCCUGGAUGUGUGCAUGGAUGAGGAGGUCAGAGCCAAACUAAUGGACCUCAAGCACAAACACGACGCCAUCAUGAAAAGCCAGGACCGUCACAAGGGUACCUUGCAAAGACGAGCUUCUAGUACCGGCAGCAGAGGGAAAGUGGUGCGUCGUGUCAGUGUGAAUGAGCGCUCCAGCCUGUACCGGCGGGAGCAUCACAAAGAGGCCAUGGUGUGGCAGGAGAGGGGCUGUGAGCCUGAACCCCAAGAUGAGGACGAGGACCGUCUGACAGAUAACGAGCUUCACCAGCAUGCUGGAGGUGGAGCCUCGUCACAUGCGGAUGAGCCAGAGGCUACCGUUAGCAGUAGCAUUUCAAGCUUGGGCAAUGGAGGGACAUCUGUUUCCCUGGCCUCUUCUGUACCUGGAGAGCAGUGGAGCGGCGGCGGUCGCACGGAACGCAGCGCCUCCUACCAGCUCAACUCAGCAUCAGGGCCCGUAGACGAAGAAGGCUCAGACAGUAUGACUCGGGAAAAAUCCCACCACACGUUGGCCGACCUGAAACGACAGCGGGCGGCAGCCAAGCUCAAUAAGUACCCGGCGCCUCCGCCACCUUUGACCCCACCAAUAGAAGAGGAGACCCCUGCCGCUGCGUCCGAGACGACGAGUCCUGCGGCACAGCACAGCACAGAGACAGCAGCAUCCCCCAGCCAGGUGUUCUUCACACCAGCCAGUGGAGAUCCUCCUCUACUGAAACUGCGAGCCCCUGAGGAGGAGCAGUCUACCAACAAGGAGCCAUGCUGUGGACUCAUGUAGGGACACAGAAGUUGGACAGUUUUUACACUCCAAUGUGGCUCACGAUUGUUAUCCUUACACUUUCCUCCCACUUCAUGAGUUGAUUGCAUGGUGCACUUUUUUUCAAUCUUCACUGAUACUGUGUUCUUCACGAAAGCCUGACAAUAAUGUCAACAUUGCAUAAGUCGACUGAAUAUGAAUGACUAAAUAAAAACUUGUGACUUAUUAUUAAAUAUUGAAAAUAUGA